AUGGAGUCCAACAAUCUGAAAGGCCAUUCCAAGCACGAUAAUAAGGAUGACUCUACCCCAGAGACCAGUGACGCUCUCCAGCACCGCAUAGCACAGCUCUCACUCUCAAACCCAUAUAUCGAGAGCUCUGGUCCAGAUCAGUCGAAGCAGCCAGAUCAACCUCAAUCAGAAGGACAAGCACAGGAAGACGCCAGCACUAGCAAGGGAGGGAGUCCAGUAGCCCAUAGGAUUAGCUCUCGCAGGGCGGACUCGGACAAGCCUGAGUCAGACGAGCAGGGUGAAGAGGAUAGCGAUAUCGAGCCUGAAGAGCUACUUAAAACUAUACUUACUAUCGACAUGCCUCGGGAAGUUGAAGUCCGAGCCAAAAUCAAGGGAGACUUCACAGUGAGAAUCUUACCAAGCACCUCGUUUACUAGCUCUAGCGGUCGCGGCUUUGCCCAAGUGUUUAAAAGCUGCUUUAUUCUUGGCUCGCUCGAUCCUGCUAUGACAGAUGAAGAUCAAGAAACCAAGGGUUCGUCAUCUCAGUCAACGCCACGAGAGGUUUCCACUCCACCAAAUCUGCAAAAGGAUUCAUCUGCAAUAUGGACCACGAGAUCGGCUAAACGAUGA